AAAAGCAAACUCAGAAUUAGUAAAUUUGUACAAAGCAACUGUGCUCUUCCAAGUACCCAAUUCACAAAAUAAAACAUGAAAGGUGCUAUUUUCUACGCAGUAGUUUGCCUAACUAUAAUUAACAUCCUAGCCGUACCCCCUGAUCAACAAGAUGCCGAUAUAAUCAAUACUUUCAAUGGGCAACUACAACAAUUAAUCGCAAAUAGCAACAUUGAUCCUAUUUUGAUUCCUAUUGCGUCAACAGAUCACUUACGAGGACGUUUGAUUUGGAACGAUAUAAUAAUCAGAGGAUUAUCUAGUCUUAAUGUAGAUACUAGUACUUCAUACAAUUUAAAAGUUAACCAGGAUACGCAUAUUGUAAAUGUUACUCUUGUUGCUCACAAUCUCAGGUGUGAGUGUGAUUUUGUUUAUUACAAAACAGUAAUCCUACGAUUUGAAGGCCACGGGUUUGGAAAUAUCAGCUCACUUCAAAUUCCAAUGCAAUAUACGAUACAUCAAAAUAAUCCGAAUAACAUCACAAUUGAUAAUUACAAAUUUGAUUUUAAAAAUAUUGAAUGGGAUCUUACCACGACUGAUAUUCGCACAAUUUUGGUCUAUAACCCGCUUACGAAGAAAAUAGUCCAAGCUCAAUUUCACGACGCUGUCAUAGCAAUUCUUCAAACUAUUGCAGAAAAUAUAAUGCAACUUGCAAUCGGAAAGUUGUAGUCAAAACAAGCUUUCGCAGUUAGUUGUUGGGUAUGCUCUAACCAUAUAUCAAAAACAUUCGGGAUGACAUCACAAGUUAUCGCAACUUUUUCGACAUUUUAAAUUUUUUUAAACUUUCAAGCAUGGCAAGAAGGUUUCUCUUAAGCUCUAUACCUACAUGUGUUUCUAUUUUCAACUUUCUAAAACAAGAGUAAAAAAUAAAUAAAAUCCCAUCCGAUGUCUCGCA